CUCUCUCUCUCUCACACACACACACACACACACACACUCUCUCUAUUUCAUCCCUUUGGCUGAGGCAGUGGUGUACACCUACCACUCGUCCUGCUGCCGACCAGAGGGGAGUGGAACCGGCAGAGGCAGGUAGCAGCAGCCCCGGCUUGGUGGACGCAUCCGCCGCAUUCCUCCACCAUGCCGGACCGGGGCAAGAGGCGACGAGUGGAUGCUGUCGGCUCAGUCAACAUAUGAGACACCGGCGGCUCCCUUUAACUCCGCAUGUCAAAGUUUACAUUUUCAUGACGCAGCAGCAGCAGCAGUGUGCAUGGAUUAAAGGUAUGGCCAGGAUGUCUUGGGCUCGCGACCCCCCCAUGCCAUUUACUGGUGAAUCCAUAACACAGUGAGGGUGACUACAUGGAUUAAAUCACUGGAGCGCAUUUAUGAAACAUGGGAGACCUGGAGUGUGGUUUUGAGGAAAUGCAAGGCGUCAGAUUGGGAUACCUGCUCAUCAAAGGCAAGCAGAUGUUUGCUUUGUCUCAGGUCUUCACCGACCUGCUCAAGAACAUCCCUCGCACCACAGUGCACAAGCGCAUGGAUCACCUGAAAGUGCAGAAGCACCACUGCGACCUGGAGGAGCUGCGGAAGCUCAAAGCAAUAAACUCUAUCGCCUUCCACGCCGCUAAAUGCACGCUCAUAUCGCGGGAGGACGUGGAGGCUCUGUACUUCUCCUGCAAGACUGAGCGGGUGUUGAAGUCCAACAAAAGGAAAGCGAAAGCGGUGCUGUGUUCCCCCGGGGAUGUCGAUGCGUCCUCGGGGCUCCUCGGUGCAGACGCGGAGCUGUGGAGGGAAAAAGUUUGGUUUAGUUUGCACGGCGUCCCGGAGACUCUCACACUUCACAACAAAACGGGCAGGCGGAGAGAGCUGACUCCCUGCCUUACCGACUCCAAACUACCUCAAUAUUACCACAAAUCCCACGGACGGGAUUACCGUGCGGCGACCAAGUCCAGUCACAAACACUUUAAAAACUAUGAAACAGCAAAAAUCGCAGGGAACCGCGUUACUUUGAGCCAAAGGCACUCGUUUUUCCGGAGCGCAGUGAGCCGGCAGCCCGUGGUGCUUCAGUCCGCCAUAGCUGCUCAGUCCAGGCUCUCGCGCUCUGCCGGCGACCUACUUCACAAAAGGAAGAGGAGGCGCGAGGGGGGCGGCGGCAAGGACAGCGCGAGGCACUCGUGGAGCAGGAGCAGACACACGCAUCACCAAGUCCCACCGGUGCUGCUCGUGCAACCCAAACCAUCAAACAGUCUCGGGACUUCUUUUGGUGCUUUCCACCUCGAGCAGGAUUUUUAUUUGGACCCCAGACCUCACCAUCACCACCACCACCAGCAUCACCAUCAUCAUCACCACCACCACCCGGCUUUCCCGGAGAGCUAUAGCAGCGACACCGAGUCCAGCACCUACUCAGAUCGGGCCUACCCCGACUCGGACUUUGGGUCCGGCUUCUCCACCAGCAGCAACUCCGGGAGCUCGGAGGAGGAAGAGGAUGGCGAGGAUGAGGAUGAUACGCAGUCAGAGAGUUCAGAGGUCAGCACAGAGGAGGAGGAGAGCUCCUCUCAGUCCGACUCCAGCUCAGUUUCAAGCAAGGUUUCGGUCCAGAGCAUCCGGUUCAGACGCGCCCGGGUCGGUUCUCUCCCCAAAAGUCUGCACACUAGUAAAGCACCUUUGCUUCUGCAGCCCACGUUUCACUACAACAACCAGCAGCAACAUGAGAAGCAUCACAGGACACUGUGCCAUGUUGCCACUGCACAGACAGAGGACACGAGGCAGGAAAAGAGGCAAACACGUGAAUUCAUUUGCAGUGACACCAGAAAGGAUUUGGGACCCAUGCAGCCACCAAAAUUCAACUCAGCUGCUGUGCACGGAGAGAGCUUUUUUACUGAGUCCAAAAGGGAAAAAGUGUCUGAUGCGAAACCUGCGUUGGGACUCCACCGGAGCAAGGCCUUUCACCCCACACGCAGGGCAUCAUCAGGGUAUCCCACUAAAUGCCCCACGGGACUGAGCGCGCUGCUUUGUGACCAGGACAAAGACGCCAAACUCCCAAAAUGUACUGAUAAAAGGGAGGCGAAAGCCACCACAAUAAAACUGCCCACACCAGUGAAAAAAAUAAAGACCGAGGUGGAGGAGUCCUGUGUGACCGCCACCUCCAACACUGACAGCGGCAGGACAGACAGGACGCCUCCCUUCAACCUCCACAAUGUGAAAGUUAAAGUGGAGGAAAGCUGUGACGAGUAUGAAUACCACAACCAAGCUACUGGGGGAGUUAAAUGUAAAUGGGAUAAAGCAGAGAGCAGCAGCUACCAAAAUGUUAAGCAAGGGGACGUUUUCAGCAGCAGCGGGAUUAAAGCCACAGAUAAGAGCCCAGAUGUGGCCCCCAGGUCCCCGUGUGACCCUCAGGAAUGUAGGAGGGACAGUCCAGGUGUGGAGGAGGGGGAGCACAGACACAAAAGCUGCAGGGCACUGGUGCUGGGGAAUAAGAAACCCCGAGUUUCAAGAACUCAAACAAAACAAAACGUGCCCCGGGUCAGCAAGCCUGCUGCCCCUCCUGCCCCCUCCUCUUCAUCCUCCUCCUCCUCCACCUCCUCCUCUCCUUCUUCUCGCCCCUGCGAGGAUGCAUCCACGGAGGAUUUACCGAGCAGACGCAAACGCAGCAUUGCAGUAUCGGCCGUUAAAAUGCCUUUCAGCCUGAUGGCAAAUUUCCCCUCCCCGCCGUCGCUGGUUGUUGGCAGCGACGGGGAUUUGUGUCCCGCUUACUCCCUGAACUCGCUGCUGGGCCCCGGGCCUCCCCCUCCGUCCCACCCCGUGUGGAGGUGGCAGCCAGGCGUCCACGUUCUCCCUCCCCCACACACGCAGAGAACUAGGAAAUACUGAGCUCUGUGUGUGUGUGUGUGUGUGUGUGUGUGUGUGU